AUGAAGCUUUUCGCUGUUACCCUCGCUGCUCUCUCCGUCGCCACCGUCCAGGGUGCAGCUCAGGGCAAAUGGUGUGAGUUCCCCGGACAAGUAUGCGGCAAAACCAAAAGAGCCGUCGAUGCUGUCGAACAAGUGAAACGUUCUGCCGACGCUAUGGCUGAAGCCAAGUUCACUCUCAACAAAUGGUGUCAGUUCCCAGGACAAGUUUGCGGCAAGGCCAAGCGUGCCAUUGAUGCUAUCGACGAUGUCAAGCGUUCCGCCGAUGCUGUUUCGGAAGCAAUGGCUUUUUUGGGUGAACUCACCCCAGAAGAGUUCCAGAAAAUCGAGUAG